AUGUCCAAACUCACCGACUUCAAGCUCCUGUCUUUUGAUGUAUAUGGCACGCUCAUCGAUUGGGAGCGUGGAGCGCUUACCGCACUGGAGCCCAUGCUCAAUAAGUCUGGCAAGGCCGGCACGCUCGAUCGCAAGUACAUACUGCAAUUUCUGCACAGGAUCGAGUCUGCGGAACAAAAUGAGCACCCGACAAUGAAGUACGCCGACCUUUUGAAGCUUGUGCAUCCUAAACUCUGCAAGGAACUCGGGCUCGUGGAGCCGAGCAAGGACGAGACCGAGGCCUUUGGCGAGAGUGUAGGUGACUGGCCUGCGUUCCCAGACACGGUAGAAGCGCUCAAGCGGCUGAGCAAAGUGUACAAACUGGUUGUCUUGUCCAAUGUCGACAACGAAUCUUUCAAAAAGGGCAAUGCAAAUGGACUUCAGGGCUUCAAGUUUGAUGCCGUCUACACGGCCCAGGAUAUCGGAAGCUACAAGCCCGACCUAAAGAACUUCAAGUACAUGCUCGAGCAUGUCAAGGAGGCUUUUGGUGUGGAGAAGCACGAGGUGCUUCAGACUGCACAGAGUCAGUACCAUGAUCAUCAUCCAGCCAAGGAGAUGGGUAUCAAGAGUAGCUGGAUCUAUCGUCCUGGAGCAAUCAUGGGAAAUAGGGAUGAUCCCGUGUGCAACUGGAAGUUCGACACAUUGGCUGAGAUGGCAGAUGCGGUUGAGAAGGAAUUGUCCGAGAAAGGGAAUUAA